CGGAGAUUCUUCCUUAGCUAUUUUUACCACCAUCAAACCACAUAAUGCCAAGAUCUAAGCGUUCCAAGCUCGUUACAUUGGCCCAGACCGAUAAGAAGGGAAGAGAAAACAAGACCCGUAUUUUUGACGAAGUCAGAGAAGCUCUUGAUGAAUACAAAUACCUUUGGGUUUUACAAUUAGAUGAUGUCCGUACUCCAGUAUUACAAGAUAUCCGUUCUGAUUGGGUUGGAUCCAAGUUGAUGUUGGGUAAGAGAAGAGUCUUGGAAAAGGCCUUGGGUGACACCCCAGCCGAAGAGUACAAGGAAAACUUGCACAAGUUGUCCAAGUUGUGUCUUGGUGUAUCAGGAUUGUUGUUUACCAAUGAAUCUCCUGACACUGUUAAGGCUUACUUCACUGCUUACACCAAGGCCGACUACUCCCGUGCCAAGUCUAGAGCUCCUAUCGACUUCACAAUCCCAGAAGGUGUUGUCUACCUGAGAGGUGGUCAAAUCCCAAUUGAAGAAGAUGUACCAAUGUCCCACUCUUUGGAAGAAACUUUAAGAAACAAGUUGAAGGUUCCAACCAAGAUUAAGGCCGGAAAGAUCACCAUUGCCGAGCCAUACUCCGUUUGUCGCCAGGGCGACGUUUUGGACAUCAGACAGGCGUUACUCUUGAAGCAAUUCGGUGUAGCUGCUUCUGAGUUCAAGGUCAAGAUGAUUGCCUACUACAGCAACGAAGACGCUGAACUCGUCAAGCUCUAAACCCCUCCAUUGUCAUUUUCACUGCACUCUGUGCUCGGAUUCUCUGAAUUAGUUUUGUAUAAUACUCGCGUUUAAAAA